UGUUUCUGUGUCUGCAGCUACCUCAGCACGCACGCACUUGAUCUGCUCUGAGUCUGACCCUUAGGGCUGGCAGAAAUCUCCUCUGGGGUGUGGGGACUGCUGUGGCUGGAGACCUCAGCGCACCGCUUCUCCUGGGGACCUGCAUCUUGGAUUGAGAAGUUGAGAGCAGCAUGUUUUGCCCAGUGAAACUCAUCCUGAUCUCUGUGUCACUGAAUUGCUGCUGGGGCCUGAGUGAUGUGGUUGUGUCCUCUCCCGUGCUGACAGUGCGUGUGGGUGAUUCAGCUCUGAUGGGAUGUGUUUUCCAGACCACAGAAAAGAAACCUGUAACCAAGGUGGACUGGACAUUCUCCUCUGGAGAGCAUGCCAAGGAUGAAUAUGUGCUAUACUAUUACGCCAACCUCAGCGUGCCAGUGGGGCGCUUCCAGAACCGUGUGCACUUGGCAGGGGACGUCUUGAAUAAGGAUGGUUCUCUGCUGCUCCAAGAGGUGCAAAAGGCCGACCAGGGAACCUAUAACUGUGAGAUCCGCCUGGAAAGGGAGAGCACAGUGUUCAAAAAGGUUGUGACACUGCAUGUGCUGCCAGAGGAGCCCAAAGAGCUCACAGUCCAAGUAGGUGAUUCGAUUCGGAUGGGGUGUGUUUUCCAGAGCACGGAAGAGAAACUCGUGACCCAGGUGGACUGGACAUUCUCUUCCAGAGAGCGAGUCCAGGAGGAGACCGUGUUGCGCUAUUACCACAAACACAACAUGCCCAUGGGGCAUUCCCAGAGCUCGGGCCGCUUCUGGAACCGGGUGAAUCUGGUGGGGGACAUUUCCCACCAUGAUGGCUCCAUUGUGCUCCAGGAAGUAAAGGCAUCUGAUGGCGGGAACUACACCUGCUGUGUCCACCUGGGGAGCCUGGUGUUCAGGAAAACAGUCGUGCUGAGUGUGACACGGGAAGAAGCUCAAACUCUGGUGGUCCCAGGAACGGACAGACCCGAGGUCCUGAGUGGGAAUCAGCUGCUGAUCUUGGUGGGGAUUGUCUGCACCACGAUUCUGCUGCUUGCUGUCUUGAUAUUAAUUGUGAAGAAGAUUCACUGCAGUAAGAGUUCAGCAAAUUCUACAGCAAUGGUGCAGAGCCUGGAGAACACCAAGAAGGGUGAGCCAGAGAAACACGUUUACUCCUCCAUAGCCACACGGGAAGUGAUAGAGGAAGACCAAAGUGGAAGAUCAGAAGCCACCUACAUGACUAUGCACCCAGUGCGACCCUCGCUGAAAUCAGAUUCAAAUAAUCCAUUGGGGAAGACGUCAGCUGGGGGACUGCCACGGCCACAGCAAACCUUUUGAACCGAAGAGAGAAUCCCCUUCCUUCCUCAGUGGCUGAGGUGCUCCUCCAAGGGGCCUGUUGCUCUAGACCCUGUCCUGGGAGCUCUCCUCCUGCCUCCUUGCUUGUUCAAAGGACUGGAGAUGGAAGGUUUGGAGCCCAGUGCAAAGCUGGACACAGCUCAAGAAGGAUGGGCCCGAUGAGGGGAGAGGACAUUGCCAUGGCCGUGACCGUGGCUCCUGGCUCUGGGGAACCUGGCUGAACACUGAAGUAGCUGCAGAUACUGUGAUGGAUCAGAUGCUGGGUCUGAGGGAUGUUCUUGGGAGAUGAGUUACUGGGAGGAUUCCCAGAGGAGGUGGGGGAGGGGGGAGGGGAACCAACCCAAAUGAUCCCUUUGCUAAGUUAUCCCUAAAUAAAUGUGGUACAUGGAA